AUGGUGGGCCUCGCCCGCUCCCGCACCUUCCGCGAUGUCGCGCUCGUCCUCUUCGGCGCGACCGCGAUGCAUUUCGCCACGAGCUUCAUCGGACCCUUGUCCUCCGAGCACUCGAUAAUCGUCAGUACACAGGUGUCAGAAGUCAGCCACGACCACGCGUACGGUCAGCCUGCGAACCACGUUCACGCUCACGAUGACACCCGGAAUCUUGGAACGGAUAAGGCAGCGCUACAAGACCUUCUCGCGGGACUUGGCAAGACGCAGAAGGGGCAGAAGACGUUCUCGGAUGAGGUAGACCUCUCGUACACUAUCCCAGAAACCACGAUGCUCUCGCAUGCGCCUGGCUGGACGGUUUUCAAGAACCUCUACAUGUCAAACGGUACCAUCUACAUAGUCACGACAAGGCCGAACAGCUUCCCAGACAUCUCACUCAUGACCUCGACCGGCUUGCCCGCGGAGAACACGCCAGAAAACAUCCAGGCGCGUCUCCCCACACGAGAGGACAUGAGCUUCGUCACGCCUGAGGAAGCCAGGGACAUGUGGGCAGGUGAUGUCGAGUCGCACGAGCAGAACCGGCUCUGGUCCGUGCCCGGCAACACGUUCAUCGUCAACGAGCCUUCGCAGUUCCUGGACCACUACUACCACUUCUGCGCCGAAUGGCUCUUCGGCGCGUGGGCAUUCUGGCAGGGCGCGUUCAGCGCGACCGUCGAGCCUGGCACCGCGCACAAAUCGUCGGCCCCGCCCGUCGACCGCGUCAUCUUCGCGAACGCGGGCGCGCGCGGCUGGCGCGACCGCCCAGGCUUCAACUCAUACUUCUUCCGCGCUGCGUUCCCCUCCACGACCGUCGAGGUCGAGGAAGACUGGGAUGACCGCACCGUCGCGACCUCGAACCCGGCCGCGCCUCGGCGCGCGUGGCACUUCCCCUACGCGCUCUUCUCGGACCGCUCCGCCUCGUUCAAGGGCGCGCGCUGCGGCUCGCAGAACCAACGCAUCGCGAGCGAGGCGAUCGACUACAUGCGCGACCAGAAGCGCCUCACCACGCUCUGGUGGGAGCCCGUCCGGCGCGGGGUGCUCCGCUUCGCGGGUAUCGAUCCCCGCGUGGUUGACACCGGCGUCCGUGCGCUCGCGGUCGUCGAGGGCGCGGAGCGCGUGAGGGGCGCGGCGGCGCUCGAGGGUCACAAGGCCUUCUCCGGGCUGUCGGACAAGGAGGUCGUCAUCUCCUACAUCUCGCGGCAGAGCGCACGGCGGCACCUAAUCGAAGCGGACCACGCCGCUCUCGUCACCGCGCUUGAGGAGAUGACGGCCAAGCACGGGUGGGAGCUGAACGUCGUCGAGGCGGAGAAGCUGAGCAAGGAGCAGCAGCUGGAAAUCGCGGCCAAGUCGACGAUUCUCCUCGGGGUGCAUGGGAACGGGCUGACGCAUCUGAUCAUGAUGCCUGUUACGCCUGUGUCGACGGUCAUUGAGAUCUUCUACCCUGGCGGCUUCGCACAUGACUACCACUGGACGUCGACCGCGCUCGGCAUGCGCCACUUCGCCGUUUGGAACGAUACAUUCCUCACGUACCCGAACGAGCCCAGCGUCAACUACCCUGAAGGCUUCCAGGGCACGCAGAUCCCAGUCUACGCGCCGACAAUCGUCCAGAUCAUCGAAGAGCGGAUAGCGGGCAAGCACCCUAUCUCCCUGGUCUGA